AUGGUUGUUUUCAUCACAAAAGUUCCAUCGCCUCAGAGGCUAUUUUGCGGCCCGAGGCACCGGUUAGCGGUUGUCAGUCACGGAGCCCAUAUAUGGCUCAUCACGAUAAAAGGUUUGAAUCGAAAGGCCCGCGCUCGAUGGCAUUUAACCCUGUCAGCUCCUUACGGUAACUCUUCCAUAGCAGAUGAAACAUAUAUACGUUUUUUGCUCGAACAGCGUUCAAUUAAAAAAAUUCGUCUUGCGAAAUUAUUACACUUUUCAAGUAUUCCGGACGACACUUCCUGGCCGAAGGUGCCCCAGAGAAGAUUACGCGACGACAUCGUGAGUAGCGCCAAAGAUCCGUGCGUCGUGUCUUUCGCUCGGAAGCCCCAGACGAAUCAAACAAUCACGCAACCCUUAAAGUACACACCAAUUAACAAUCUGCAAUGCAACAAUGCAGAAAACACUCAAGCGAUUAAUAAGUUUAAGACCACCGUGACUAGUCAGUUGACACCCACAGAUGCGCCAACACGUGAACAGCAAACGGAAAAAGAAGCAUCGUCUGCAACAGAUAAAACCGAGCCCGUGAGAGAUACCAACGAGACAAGGGAACCUGGUGCACUCGAGCCUUGCCACAGCGUUGAAACGAACAACAACGCCGAGCCUUCGACGUUGUUCCAACAAGAUUCAGCCACCAAGUCACACGGGGCGAAGAAAUAUCAACUGCUGAGCGCUGGGGAAGGAAACGCGAGACCCAGUGGUACAAACAACAACGUCACCGCCGUACCGAAGAAUAAUCGAGAUAACAGGGAAGAAGGCAUUUACAAUGGCCCAAGUAAACGAUCGAAUGGAGAAAAAAUUGAUUGUAGAUGAUGCCAUAUACGAACUGUGUGCCCAAAUGUGUAGGCUGCUGGCCACCCGUGCCGCGAGUAAAUAAGAGCACAUCGCGGCCAGCCGCGUCGAGUGUCUGCAGCAACGGCAGCGGUGCAGGCAGCGACUCCGAAACAGAAUCGCCCCAAGGUAGGCUCAUCGUCAGGCAACAACAGCUACUGCCUGCAACAUUGAAACCCAGAAGACGCAGCGUGCACCGCCAGCAGGCGUCGAGUUCGGAGAACGGCACUCCCGACAAGUGCUGCCGCAGGUCGCUCCGACCUCCGCAGCAGCAGUGCAAUCAUUGCGAGAAGCUGCAGUCCUCAGCGGACGCGAGGAAGUUCGUGCACCGGCACUCGGAGCCUCUGCUCGGAACUUGGAGCGGCAAGUGCUCGCGCUGCCACUGCGCCAGUAAGGACGGCUUUCAGAGGGUGGCAUCGGACUCGGGUAUCCUCGUCAGCGAGGCGUGCGACAGUACCUUUUCCCCGGAGCCGGCGCUCGCUACGCGGAACACCCUGAGCUUCGAUCCCCGGCUCGAGGAUCUCGCUCCCUUUGUUUCCCUCUACUCGAGGAACAACGAGGACGCGAUGUCGAGCCCGUAAGCUAUGCACGUUAUCGUCCAAAAGAACGUGUUUGCCAUUUCUUUUUUCCUUCCUCUUUGUGGUGGAUACGAAUACGUUACCUAUACCGUAUACGUCGUUGGCGAGAGAUCGUUCAUUCGAUAACGGGGUAAUUGCGCGAGUUCUCUUUUUCUCUCUAUUUAUAGCGGCUCUCCAGCCAAAGGCAACAGCUCGAGCGCGAGAAAAAGUGGAGCUAAGUUGGCGAUGGUUAACGACAGUUUUGUCGAAAAAUCAACGGAAUCCUCGGCUUUGUCCGAAUCUCGCAGCAACAAUUCCCCCAAAGGGACGAAGCAAGCGAAUUCCCGGGCUUUGGUUUUGAAGACAGCCGGUAGAUCUACGCACUGCUCCGAGUAAUAUGUUUAUGGUCGUGUUCAUGUAUGCCCCUAUUACUUAUUUUUAGUGUUUUUCGUUUUCGCGCUUUACGCCCUGGUUAUUUCGUUGCCGAAAAUUUACGACUACUUCUUUCACGAAGAAGAAUACGACAGCUACCAAGAUCUGUCCUACGCCGAGUUUGUAAUCCAAUACGUCGUUUCGUCAUUUCAAGAGGCGU